UAUGGUAAAUUUGAUUAUGAUUAUUCCUUUAGCCAAAAGCUCCAAAGACAUCUAAAGCUAAGAAGGUUUAAAAGAAAGUAGCAGAUAGAAAGAAGAAUCCACUCUUUGUUAGAGAUGCUAAAAACUUCAGAAUUGGAAAUGAUGUCCAACCAAAGAGAGAUUUAUCAAGAUAUGUUAGAUGGCCUCGCUAUAUUCUUUUACAUAGAUAAAAAAAGAUUUUAUUGCAAAGAAUCAAAGUACCAGCAGCUAUUCAUUAAUUCAGCAAAACACUUGACAAGAAUCAAAGUAAUUUGUAAAUUUUAAUUUAAGGCUCAAAGGUCUAUUCUUUGUUAAAAAAAUAUGCACCUGAAACUAAAACAGAAAAGAAAUAAAGAUUAGUCAAGGCUGCUGAAUCAAAGGCCUAAAAUUAAAAGACAGAUAGUAAGAAAGUGACAGUCCUCAAAUUCGGAUUGAAUCACGUUACUACAUUGGUCGAAACUAAAAAAGCUAAAUUAGUUUUGAUUGCUUAUGAUGUUGAUCCAAUUGAAUUAGUCGUAUGGCUUCCACAAUUAUGCAGACGUCAAGAAGUCCCAUUUGCCUUUGUUAAAAGUAAUUAAAUUAAUAUAUAAUUUAGACAAGGCUAGAUUAGGAGCUUUGGUUCACUAAAAAACAGCCACUUGUGUUGCUUUGACUGAAGUAAGAAAAGAAGAUUAAGCUGAAUUUGAUAACUUAGUAUAAAAUAAAAUUAAUUAAAGGCUCGUGAUUUAAGAUAACAUUACAAUGAAAACCAUGAAUUAUUGAGAACUAUUGGUGGUGGAUAAGUAGGAAUCAAAUCCAAACAUUAAUAAGAAGCAUUAAAGAAGGCUUUUGAAUUAGAAGAACUUAAGAAGACAAGUUAAUGAU